UUGGGAAAUCCGCAUUAGUAGUGUGCCUUGCCUGUUUCCAGAGUGAAAGCACAGUUAGUCUGUACGACGGUUAACUUAAAAAUGGGAAAACUUGGCAAAAAUUCCCAAUGUCCCCCUGAAGAAAAAGAAGAAGGAGGAGGAGGAAAGGGAAGGAAGGAAAAUGAUUCCUCGGAAAAUAUGCAAGCCCGUUUCAUUUAUUUGUAUCCUAAGCAGCAGUGUCAUCGAACAGACAGGUUGUUUCAGCCAACCAGACUGGAGCAGCUGCGAGUGCUACAUCCUGGCAGUCUGAAGCGAUUGGCUCCUCUCUGGGGAGUGGAGGGUGUUCAGUUAUUAAUGACCGCUGAGCAGGCAGCACCAUGUCAGUGUGACAGCUGAUCGGGUGAACGAUGCACCACUAACCACCAUGGAAACAGGGGGAAAUAAAACCAGCUCACAGGAUCUCUCUUCGCUGGAUUGAGAGCCUCAGCCUGCCGACUGAAAGGAGUUCCAGGCAGAAGAGAGAAUUCUAGCUGCAGCCGCCUGCCUGCUUUUAUAUUUUAGAAUCCAGAGCUAAGGUUGCUUGUAUGUGUGUCUAUCUGUAGCACAUAUCUGUGUGCACUUUAUUACACACACACACAGAGAUGUGCACCUACUGAUACCUGGACAAGAAUACCACCAUGUGAUUAUGUCAACCAAGGAACUGAGGAAGCCAGCACACAGGGACACUGGAGGUGGUCUGGCGCUGAAACUGCUUUUGCAAGCAUAAUGCUGCUAUUCCUGCAAGUACUGAACAAGCAUGGGAUUCGAAUAUUAUACAUCUAAAUAAAUGAAUUUCUCAGUCUCUUAUGACCAUCUAUACAUACUCCAUCUUCCAAAAGUACAUCAGUAUCAUAUCAUUAAGGAGACAUUGACCUUCUUUUCUCCAAUAUGCAUGACAUUUUUGGACAAUGCAAUUGUGGCACUGGCAUUUAUUUCCAUGAAGAAAAACUCUAUAGUUCUAUGGCAUUCAUCAUUUGACAAAUCCAGCAUUUCCUUUAUCAACCAGCACUUACUGAACUUACCAGCAGUGACUGUGGAAUCCUUAACGGCCCAUUAAAUAUCUGAAGAAAAAAGCUAAGAUGAAGGACAUGCCACUCCGAAUUCAUGUGCUACUUGGCCUAGCUAUCACUACACUAGUACACGCUGUAGACAAAAAAGUGGAUUGCCCACAGUUAUGUACGUGUGAAAUCAGGCCUUGGUUUACACCCAGAUCCAUUUAUAUGGAAGCAUCCACAGUGGAUUGUAAUGAUUUAGGUCUUUUAAACUUCCCAGCCAGAUUGCCUGCCGACACACAGAUUCUGCUCCUACAGACUAACAAUAUUGCAAAAAUUGACUAUUCCAUAGACUUUCCAGUAAACCUUACUGGCCUGGACUUAUCUCAAAACAAUUUAUCUUCAGUCACCAACAUUAAUGUAAAAAAGAUGUCUCAGCUCCUUUCUGUGUACCUAGAAGAAAACAAACUUACUGAGCUGCCUGAAAAAUGUCUGUCUGGACUAAGCAACUUACAAGAACUCUACAUUAAUCACAACUUGCUUUCUACAAUUUCACCCGGAGCCUUUAUUGGCCUACAUAAUCUUCUUCGGCUUCAUCUCAAUUCAAAUAGACUGCAGAUGAUCAACAGUAAGUGGUUUGAUGCUCUUCCAAAUCUAGAGAUUCUGAUGAUUGGGGAAAAUCCAAUCAUCAGAAUCAAAGACAUGAACUUUAAGCCUCUUAUCAAUCUUCGCAGCCUGGUUAUAGCUGGUAUAAACCUCACAGAAAUACCAGAUAAUGCCUUGGUUGGCCUUGAAAACUUAGAAAGCAUCUCUUUCUAUGACAACAGGCUUAUUAAAGUGCCCCAUGUUGCUCUUCAAAAAGUUGUUAACCUCAAAUUUUUGGAUUUAAAUAAAAAUCCUAUUAAAAGAAUACGAAGGGGUGACUUCAGCAACAUGCUACACUUAAAGGAGCUGGGGAUAAAUAACAUGCCUGAGCUGAUUUCCAUCGACAGUCUUGCUGUGGAUAACUUGCCAGAUUUAAGGAAAAUAGAAGCUACAAACAAUCCCAGAUUAUCUUACAUUCACCCCAAUGCAUUUUUCAGACUCCCUAAACUGGAAUCGCUCAUGCUGAACAGCAAUGCCCUCAGUGCCCUGUAUCAUGGUACAAUUGAGUCUCUGCCAAAUCUUAAAGAAAUCAGCAUACACAGCAACCCCAUCAGGUGUGACUGUGUCAUCCGUUGGAUUAAUAUGAACAAAACCAACAUUAGAUUUAUGGAGCCAGAUUCACUGUUUUGUGUGGACCCACCUGAAUUCCAAGGCCAGAAUGUUAGGCAAGUGCACUUCAGGGACAUGAUGGAAAUCUGCCUCCCUCUUAUAGCUCCUGAGAGCUUUCCUUCUAAUCUGGAUGUAGAAGCUAAGAGCUAUGUUUCCUUACACUGCAGAGCUACUGCAGAGCCACAGCCUGAAAUCUACUGGAUAACACCAUCUGGUCAAAAACUCUUACCUAAUACUCUAAUAGACAAGUUCUAUGUCCAUUCGGAAGGCACACUAGAUAUAAGUGGCAUAACCCCAAAAGAAGGGGGUUUAUAUACUUGUAUAGCAACUAACCUAGUUGGUGCUGACUUGAAGUCUGUUAUGAUCAAAGUGGAUGGUUCUCUUCCCCAGGAUAACAAUGGAUCUUUGAACAUUAAAAUAAGAGAUAUUCAGGCCAAUUCAGUUCUGGUGUCUUGGAAAACAAGUUCUAAAAUUCUCAAAUCCAGUGUGAAGUGGACAGCUUUUGUCAAGACUGAAAAUUCUCAUGCUGCUCAAAGUGCUCGAAUACCAUCAGAUGUCAAGGUUUAUAACCUUACCCAUCUGAACCCAUCAACUGAGUAUAAAAUUUGCAUUGAUAUUCCCACCAUCUACCAGAAAAGCAGAAAACAAUGUGUAAAUGUCACAACAAAAGGUUUGGAUCCAGAUCGAAAACAGUAUGGAAAGAGUAACUCCACAACGUUCAUGGCCUGCCUUGGAGGCCUCCUCGGGAUUGUUGGUGUGAUCUGUCUGUUCAGCUGCCUCUCUCAAGAAACGAACUGUGAUGGUGGACAUAGCUAUGUGGGGAAUUACUUACAGAAUCCAACCUUUGCAUUCAGUGAGCUUUAUCCUCCUCUGAUAAACCUCUGGGAAGCAGGUAAAGAAAAAAGUACAUCACUGGAAGUGAAAGCAACUGUCAUAGGAGUGCCAACAAAUAUGUCCUAAAACAAGAACCAAUAAAAUGACUUUGAAGAAACGCUCAAGACUUGCAGUUGUGCUUAACAAAGAAAGGCAGAGAAAUAUUACUUUCUAAAAUGAUGGUUUAAGCUUCACCAAUGCUGCUCCUGACCAAUGGAAAUAUGUACAAGUUCAGCAUUUUAAGUAACUGGCUUCAAAGGGUACUGUGGCAACCAAAUAAAAUAAUUCCAUUUUCUAGAACUUUCACGUAACUUUUAUGUCUGGACUACAGUUAAAGUGGACAAAAACAUUUCUGUAUUUUUUUUAAGUAUAUAAGAGUAGUUGAACUGAGCAAUACCUCCUCCUGUGUUGUAUUACACAUAUUAGCCACGAGUUUUUGCAGUGACCAGAUAAACUUGAAUUGACACGUGGUGUAACAAAAAGGACAGAUUCUGUAGAGUAGACACAGUGAGUAUGUGGACCUCUUUUAUAAGGAAAAAUACAUUUUGGAUUAAAAUCAAUUGCUUUUGUCUUGUUUUUGUUUCUAAAUAAAGAGUAAUUUCUGGGAAAUAUCA